CCUCCUCUACCUCCUCUCACUGUGUGUCAGUCAGAGGCCACCAGAGACACCGUCCGGUGCUUGUCCCACUACAACAGAUCGUUCCCCUGGGACCGAGUUGCGUUGCUGGUCUCUUGGUGGCUGUCCCAUCGCAAUGUCACAAUUUGGCGAGCUGAGACGAGACGUUGUCUCUGCACUGCACUCCUAUCAGCUUUCCCCACCUCCCUCCCGCUGCCAAGUUUUGCAGAGCUUUCAGUUUGGGUUUUCUCUUUGCCAGGCUGCUAUAACUACCUGUACAGAAUGAAGGCGCUGGAUGCGAUCAGAACAUCCGAAAUCCCGUUUCACGCAGAGGGUCGGUACCCAAAGUCUUUGAUAGGGAAGAACUUCUGUGCCUACCUGCUGGAACUGCGGAAUUCCAGCACCUCCUUCAAAGGCAUCCGCAAAGCCUUGAUUGACACCUUGCUGGACGGGUACGAAAGUGCCCGCUACGGCACUGGGGUCUUUGGGAAACCAGAAUAUCUGCAGUACCAGGAUGCUCUGAACGAGCUGGCAAACAUUCAGCGCCGUUGUCCCGAGGGCAGAUCUGCCUCGUGUUGGACAGACGGACACGAUGGUUGCGCAGCUCCUCUGGGGAGGGCGGAACUCACCCUCUCCCCCGAAGUCUCCAACCCCGCCACCAUCCAGGUCACCUACCUGCCUUCCAACCAGAAGAGCAAACGUGCCAAACACUUCCUGGAGCUGAAGAGCUUCAAGGACAACUACAACACGCUGGAGAGCACCCUGUGA